AUGUUCAUAAUCAACGAGAUUGCAAGAAAGUACGGAAGGAUCGUAGAAAACUAUUGGAUUCAUAAGGACGUCAUCCGCAGCCGAAAGUUUCUCCGAGAACACAACGAACUGAUCAUCACGAAAGCAGACAAAGGGAAUAAAACCGUCGUGAUGCUAGCGACUGAGUACAGCGAAAAAAUGACAGCAAUGGUAAGUGAUACAACAACGUACACACCACUAACCGCAGAUCCAACGGAAAAAAUACUUAAACGUAUUAACACGAUGUUGGAUUUGUGGCACGAAAACAAGUACAUUACCACUUACACAAAAAAUAAAUUAAAACUAUUCAACUGCCCACCGCCGAGGAUUUACGGUCUCCCCAAAAUCCAUAAAGAAGAUCGUCCACUUCGACCUGUGGUGUCAACAGUCGGGUCAGCUACGUACCGCAUGGCUCAGUUUUUAGCCAACGUACUGCAAAACGUCGUCGGCAAAACUGAACACCACGUGCGCAGUAGUUUCGACUUCGCGUCGGAAAUUACCAACAUUCGGGUCCCCGAAGGUUAUAUCAUUUACUCAUUGGACGUCGUGUCGCUCUACACGAACGUGCCAGUCCAAAAUGUGUAUGAAAUAAUAGAGCAAAAGUGGCGGGAAAUUAGCGAAUACACGCCGAUACCAUGGACUGAAUUCAAACGCGCCCUUCAAACAAUUCUAGGAGCGUCGUUUUUUCAGUACAAUGGUAAAAUAUUUGAACAAACGUUUGGUACACCGAUGGGCUCUCCUCUAUCUCCUGUAGUAGCGUCUCUCCUAAUGGAACAACUCGAGGAAAGAGCCAUCCAAAAUCUACGAGAUAAAGACGUCAAUCUCGUGAUGUACAAACGUUAUGUUGAUGACUGCUUGAUCAUUGGCAAGGAGAGUGACAUAGAUCACGUGCUAGCUGAAUUCAACAACCAAUGCAGCAGCAUAAAAUUCACUCUUGAAAAAGAAAUAGAUAAUACAUUGCGAUUCUUAGAUCUCAAACUCUUCAGAAAUCAAGGAAAAGUUGAGAAAAAUUGGUACACAAAACAAGAAAAUGGGAGAUACUUAGAUUUUUACUCAGAAAGUCCAUACGUACAUAAAAAGAACACCGCAAUUGCGCUAAUUGAUCGAGCGCUUAAACUUAGUGACAUAGACAAACGGCAAAUGAGCAUCAAAAAAGUUAAAAGAAUAUUGCACCAAAAUAAUUACCCGGAUGAAUUCAUCAACUACGUUCUAAAAAAGAGGCUCAAUAAUCAAAAAACUAAGAGCGACGCCACAGUUCUCAAGAAAGAAUUCGAAAACGACGACCCCAAACACGACGACAACAACCGACUGCACGACGUCACCAAGAACGCAAAACGCAAGCUACUAGAAGCGAUUCAAAAUCUGACUCAAAGUAAGUUAGACAGCCGUUAG